AUGGCCGCUCAAGGCAACUGGCAGAAAAUAUGUGCCGAUGCCGACGAGGAACCAUCAGACAGCAUCAAUACCGAAGAUAAAAAGGUGGCAACAUGGAGUGAAGCGUUAACACUGUUUGUAGCCUUCUUUAUUUAUAUUAUAAUCGGUUCGAUUGUAAUUGCGAGCUACGAGCCAGAGAUGGACUUCUUCGGAGCGAUUUAUUUCAAUUUUGUUUCACUGACCACAAUUGGUCUGGGAGAUCUGGUGCCCAAAAAUGAAACCUACCUCGCGCUUACUCUGGUCUACUCGGCGGUGGGCCUGGCGCUCACCACAAUCGCUAUCGAGAUUGCUUCGGACUACUUGAAAAUGCUGCACUAUUUUGGUCGAAAACUUGACAAUGUUGCCAAUGUACAAAUUUGGUUUGGCGGCAAAAUGCUUACGGUGAAGCAGCUGGUCCGGAAUUUGGGUGACCACUUCAACUUGCCCGUGGAGCAGAUUGCCGAACUGGAUCUCGAUGAAUUCGUCGAUGCUGCUAUCAAGGUUGAAGCUGGCGAACUGGCCACGUUACGGGUGAGAGAGCACAUCCAUUUUACAUCCAUUGUCAUAGCUGAGCAAGCAGAUUCACAACAUGCUGCUGCUGCUUUUCAGGCUCCGUGCCCGAUCGGUAUUGACAUUGAUUCACUAAUAUUUAUGGAUGCCGAUGAUCCAAACGUGCCACAAUCAUACGCACCUAAUCCGCCUUUAUCAUCCAGGAACUGA